AUGGACAUAAUAGUCACCUUAGAAAGUAUUGCACUCCCGGAAUGUGUUAUGGAAUGUGGAAUGCGGCCGGACUGUAAAGCUUUGAGCUAUAUGAAAAUUUUCAAGAAGUGCAAUUUAUACUCUUCAGACAGACACGAAAGUGACAGAAUUAAAGGAAGUUGUGUGGAGAUUCUGGCAGCGGAUAUUAAUCUCAAAAGGAAACCUUGUCCCGAGUGUACUUCUGGCGAGACUUGUAAUCCUGCAAAAGGGAAAUGUGAAACCACAGAGUGUCCAAUCAAAGAGCUAGAAUAUGGAAUUGUCAGUGGAAACAUAAGGAAAGUUGGUUAUCAUGUUCAAUAUACAUGCAACAAAGGAAACACGAUCAUUAAUGAAAUAGAAUGCCUCUCUAAUGGAUUCUGGGAUAUAACCGCCGGUAAAUGCUCAACCGAUGUCAGAAAUGUUGCUAUUAGGAAAACAACACACAUGUCUAGCGUUUACUAUGACAGCGAUGACACCGAUGGCGAUGGAUCGAAGGGUGUAGACGGUGAACGAGCUUCAGAUUUAGAUUUGAUGUUCGGGACGACGGAAAACAAUAUGUACAUCGUGAGGCAAGUUGAUGGUCAGAUUGAGGACAUCCAUACGUUUAACUUCCCUGAAAGUAAAGAAGCACGAUAUGUUCAAGUGAUGCUUAGAAGAAAACAGUACCUACAUCUGUGUGAAGUACAAGUAUUUGGUUUUGCAA